UGAUUUACGUGAAUGCGGGAUUUUUAUAAUUUGUUAAUUUUAUAAACAAUAUAUAUUUAAAACAUUAAAUGAUAUUUUUCAUUAUUAUUAAGUUACAUGUGAUAACUAAUUAUGUCUAAUUUAGAAAUAAAAGACGCGGCGUCGCAGUCAAUAGUCAAUUUCCUGAAAACUCACGCGCCUAAGUAUGAGGGUUAUAGUAUAGAAACAGAGUUGAAGAAAGAUUUCUUACUUGCUAAAAGAAAGAGUAAAGAUAAAAAAGGAAAACAGAAGACAAAGAAGUCUAAAAUUUUGACUCGGAAUGAAAAGAAAGCCCUCGGUUUUUAUUCUAUACCGAGGAACAGCAUCCAGUAUAAUGAUAUGUUAGCUCUGAAUAAAGUUUGGUCUGAAUAUAUAAGUCAACUACUUGAACUAAAAGAACAAAUUCCGGACUCAAAAAGUAGUAACUGGGUCCAGUUUACCCAAAGUUUUUAUAGAGCAGAUUUUCAUGGUGCUAUGAUGGAAGUCGUACGCUCUAAAUGUCCUAGUUAUGUUGGUAAAAAAGGAAUUUGUGUAAUGGACACUAAAAAUACUUUUAAAAUCGUAUCUGAAGAUAAUAUAGUGACUACUAUACCUAAGAAGUGUAGUGUUUUUAAUUUAUUUAUAAAAGACAUAAUAAUAUGUAUUUUUGGCAAACUCUUAUGUGCAAGACCUGCAGAACGUUCGAAUAAAAAAGUUAAAAGCUAUUUGCAUCCAGAUUUAUGAUUUAAUUG